UUUGCAUUGUAUUAGGUCUGGCACUCACUCUCUGCAUAUCUGACUAAUUCUAAUGGAUCUUUAUCUAUACCUUUGAAUAGCUUAUCAUUCAUGGUUUUCCAAAUGUAUCAAAUUAUCUAAGGAUAUGGGUCUCUAUCAUUUUCUGGCUCAAUAAUAUUAUUCUUCCUCCAAAAUAGAUAGUCAAUGUUGGUGUAAAUACUUGAGGUAGAGAAAGUUUGAGAGCUUGACGGUGUUGAUGAUAAUGUCCUUGCUUGUAACGCAGAUGUUGAUUUUUUUGUUUAAAAAAUAGUAUUGUGUUAAAAAAAUGUUUUGAUAAUUGGAGUUUAUCACGUAAUGUGGCAAAUGCGUGUUUCAUUGUUCCAAGUGCAACGCAUUCUGUUUUCAAAGUUUCCACCCUCUCUGCUUCUUUUUUUUUUUUUUUUUUUUUUUGAGAAAGGGCUUCUCUGCUUCUUCUUCUUCCACAAAGUUUAUACAUCUCAACGUUGUAACCAACUCGAGAACGUGAAGAUGAUAAUUAGCAUUCAGACGGCGAUGGAUCUGAUCGUUGCCGGUUUCUCUCUGAUGUUCGGAUUUGGAUUCUAUGCUCUCAUCGUCUCUGUCCUCUGCUUCGUCUCUUUCCUCCACCAUGUCAGAGCCGCUCCUCCUAGCGCCUCCGUUUUAAUAUCUAGCCGGAGAUAAUUCGUAAGAAAUUUAUAGGCCCAGGUCCCUAUGCACGCCGCUUUGAUGGAUCUCAUCCGCUUCAACUCCGCCGUUCAGCCUUCCUCCUCCUGAAGCAGAUCUUCUCCUCCGACAUGCUCCUGAUGAGGACUGCUCCUGCCCCGUCACUCUUCAGGCCUCCUCCCGACCCACCACCGUGUGGCCACUUCCAUGGAUCUCUUCAGCUUCAGCCCAGUUCUUCAGUCUCCAACCCUAUAAAGCAGGUCUCCUCUCCCAU